ACUACAAUCAACAACUAAAACUACAAUCAACAACUAAAACUACAAUCAACAAAUAAACCUACAAUCAACAAAUAAACCUACAAUCAGCAAUUAAAACUACAAUCAACAACUGAAACUACAAUCAACCAUUAAAACUGCAAUCAACAUUCAUUGAACUCCAACAACUCCCACAUAAUUCGUUGCAUUCAAAUUCUUACCAAAAUAUGGUUGUGUUGUAUAACAUGGAAAUCAAUAUGAGUGUGUUCGAGACGGCAGUGUUACUUUUUAUGGAGGAACAUCAGGUUCUUCGUGGAAAUUUGGGCGGAUCUGCUUUCAUCACGUGUUCUAGGAAUCAAAGUUUGACAAUGCGUCGCUCGUCACUAGCAAAUCAAAUACCAUAUACGAAUCUUUUACUGCGCGAUUUCUGCAGCAUUUCAGUAGAUUUCCAGUUGAGCAUCAGCAACAGAUCAUCAAGAAAUCAACAAGGUUCCAAUAUUGCGGUAAAUAUUACGUUGCUCAAAUAUAUCCUAUUUUUUACCACCUGUGGAGAUCAACAAUCAACUUAAACUCUAUAGACAAUGUAAAUAAACACAAGAAAGGAAAAUAACCAAGCUAAGAGAAAGUAAAUAAAUAGAAGUCAAACUUGAUAUGCGAAGUGAAUAAUAAAAAUAACUAUAAAGUUUG